GAAAACAUUUAGAUCUAGAUGUGGAUCUAAAUUUAAAAGCCGGUGAAACCAAGACAAGAACCAAACAAUUUUUAAUUUUCUAAUUUUAAGGUCUCAGUCUAUUUUUCUUUUAUUAAAAUUGACGAACUAGAUGUAGAUCUAGAUCUUUAUGGCUAUGAUACAGCGGAAGAGUACACCUAGAUCUAGAUUUUAUUAUGAAGUUUUGAUGUGUUGAAAACAACGGUGGUUCUGAGACUGAAGCCGAAGCAUUAUAUAUAAAUUCAUUUAUUACACAAGUGUAACCACUACUCACAAGUGACAGUGUUUUAUAUAGAUCAAGAAAUGCCUUGGAUAUAUUUUAAAGUUAUUCUUCUUUUUAGCCUAUUUGGAUUAUUAUAUGGUGAUGCACCCCUACUUGGUACUCGAAGCAGGACGUCUUCGCUGGAUACAAGUAACAUUGAAUUCGAUUUCGACCCACCAUCAAGUGGCUUUGGCCCUACAGAUACAGAUGAUGAGGAUUUAGCAGGAUCUGGUUCUGGCCUGUCUGGCAGUGGAGAUGGACCCAAUUAUGAUACAGAUGUAAAGACCACACCCACAACAACCAGUGCCACAACAGUGAAUGCAACUACUACAAGUAGGCCGAUGUCUGAAUGUGAAAAAGCAUCCCAAACCACCAAGAUGGUCAUUGGUCGCUACAUCCCCAGAUGCCUGCCCAAUGGAGUCUAUGCUCCCUUACAAUGUCAAGGCGAGCCAAAAAUGUCCAGCUGCUUCUGCAGUGACAUUGCUGGAAAGGAGAUUCCAGGGACAAUGAUGGACCCACCCAACUACCCAGACUGUGAGAAAGGUGAAAACUUGAACCCCUGUGUGUUUCAAUUGGUCAGCUACCACAGGCACCACUUAGUGGGUAGCUACUAUCCCAAGUGCUCACAAGAUGGUCAGUUUGAGAAAGUCCAGUGCCAUGAAAACCUUUGCUUCUGCGUAGAUCCAGAGACAGGGAAAAAACAGUAUGGAACUGAGUCACAUUCUUCAAAUACUAUGAAUUGUGAAGGAGACUCUGAUAUUGACCUGGACUUAGCAGUACCUAUCAUCACACCACCUCCUACAGAAACAGAAACUCCAAAGACCGAGGAAGAAAAACAUGAUGAUGAUGAUGAUGAUGAUGAUGAUGAUGAAAGAAUUGAUACCAAUGACAAUGGAGUAAUCAAUAUUGACCAGCCCGGGGUCAACAAGCAUGACGAAACGAAUGAAAAUAAAAGUGGCACAUCAGAAGAAGAAGAGAUAAAUAAGAAACCAGAAACAGAAAGUCGGGUGGAAAAGGCAACUAGUGAGAUAAUGACUCAGCCAGGAAUUUUGGCUGGUAUCAUCGGAGGGUCUGUAGUUGUCCUCCUCUGUCUGGUCCUACUCAUCAUGUUUGUAGUUUAUCGAAUGCGCAAGAAAGAUGAAGGCAGCUACCCACUAGAUGAGCCCAGGAAAACUCCAAACUACUCGUACGUCAGGGCGCCAGAGAAAGAGUUUUAUGCAUAGGCUAUAGAUAGUAAUAAUGAGACGCACAAUAUGAAAUGAUAAAGAAAUAAGAAUAAAAAAAGAAACCUAUUUGAUUGUCAUGAUCAACCAAAAACAAUGACGUCUGCUGAUACUGCAGUUUGAAAGUAACAACAAAAGACAAGAACAAAUUUUUUUUUUUCUCACACCUUUGGACAAAAAUCACGAUUGACUUGUACUUAAUUAUUGGCCAGAUUAUUUUUUCUACACAUUUGAUUGUCUAGAGGCAAUUGAGUUCUUGAUGACUAAUGUAAAUAAUUUCAAAAUAACAAGAUGAUAUUUUUUUUCUGUUUUACUUUAUUGAUCAAGUUUUCAACUCUUAAAGAGAAAUUGUGGAAUAAUAAAAAUGGAAAUUUAAAUGUGUCAUUAAACGUUUGUUUUAAUCUAAAAAAAUACUAGUUUAAAUAAGCAAAAACUUUUAUGGACUGCCACUAUGAACUUUGAACUAUGUAUAAACACUCUCACACAUAUAUACAUAUAUAUAUAUCUAAUAUAUCCCUACACAGGCUCACUGUCAAUCAUCUGAUGUGCCUUCUUAUGCCAUCCAUAUAACUGGCUGUAAUGUUUGUAUUUUAAAACAGAUUUUGUUCAAGAUUUAGUUCCACCGAGUUUUUGUUUUUUAUUACAUAAAUCACUUUCUGAAUCACUAGACUUUUAUAUAAGCCCGUAAUAUAUGUAUUUUUUUAAAUGCUAUAAUGAUAUCAGACUGGAACGUUUCUUGUCGAGGCCCACUUGGAUCACAAGAUGUGUGGGUUUUUUUUGUUUUUGCACAUGUAAUUUUUCAAAAUGCCCAAUAAUGUUUCAAAAAAGAGUUGUGUUCUAGUGUAUUGGUUAGGAAAAACAAACCAAUUGAUAGCACUGUAUGUGUCAACUUGUGACAACAGCAAUUCAAGAAAGCUACAUAAAUGUUCCAAACAAUUUUCUUUUUCAUGUUUUAUUUUUGUAUUUAUUCACUUGUUCAUUCAUUUCAUUUUUAUAAUAAUUGUCUAUGUACUCUGAUCAAAUGGAUAUUUCCUACUGUAGAGUUCAUUGUAUUGAGUCACUAUGACUGUAACGUCAACUUCAUUAGCAUCAUUGACUUGUGUGUAUAUCAAUUUCUUAUAUUGUCAGUACCCCCCUACACCCACACAUAAUAGCUCCCCCCCCCCCCUUUCCAAUUUAAACCAUCUCUUUUAUCAUUAAAGUGUUGUAUAAUUAUUUAUUUUUUUUACUGUUUCUAUCUCCAUUCAAUUCUUUCAAGUUGCUUUCUCCAUAAAAUUAUUCUUUUUUUUUUGGUCUGCUUUUUUGAAUUGAGAAAGAAAUGAUAAACAGUAAUUUUAGUUGAAUUCUGACUUUUAUAUAGUGUUUUAUUUUAUGGUUUUAAGGGAGGGAGGUGGUAUAUCUGUUCAUUCAGUUCCCCAUAAGUUGCUUAAACUUAGCUAGAACUAAUAUAGUGUUCCUUAUGACCAGUUCACAGAGUUGUCGUUAAAGCCAGAUUUGAUGAUUUAGUUUGUUGUUGUCUUAGCAACAUUACUUUAAAUAUAGAAUGUUGGAAUGGUCAUCGGAGAUUCAAUUUUUCCCAUCUCUGUAUUCAACCACCCUUUCAAUGCUUACAAUACAAAACACAUGAGAUACUAGUAACUAGAGUGUUAUUUUUGUAUAUCUUUUCUUUUUUUUAAAUUUCAUUUGCGUUGUGACUUGGUGAUUCUAGGCCAAUCUAAAAUUGUGAGUUUUUCUUUUACCUAAGAAAAUUGUUAUUCACUGAUUAACCUACUCAGUUUAAAAUAUGUCUAAGAGUAUCCUUACCUAGAUUUGAAUUACACUAGAACAAAAGUCCUUCACAUUGCAACUCCUGGAAGUGUUGAUGUGAUUUUACAAGAUGAUCAAUGGUUCACAAUGCUUGGAUUCAAGUUUUUGGCCAGUUGGUUCCCAUUCAUUGGCUGGUCUUCAGUUCAUUUGCUUGUCAUGUUGUAAAUAGUUCAUUGAGUUCUAAACAUGUUUCUGCUUGUUGUUGCUGUUUCCUUAGGGUAGAUUUUUUUUUUUUUUUGAGUGUGUAAUUUAUUUAUACAAAUUUUUAAAGCAUUUAUUUGCAAAACUUAAACAGUUUCCUAUUAUUUAACUAAUUUUAUCGAAUGAUUAUUUUGUAGGUUUUACAAUAGAAAGUACCAAUUGAAUAUAUUAUUUUUUUUUUUGCAUGGAAAACAAAAUUAUUGUAUUGUGCUUGGAAAAAAAAAAAUUGAAAUUUUCUAAUAGUGGGGGGUGUUCUGUAUCUACAAACAAAACAACAAACUGUUUAGAUGUUUGAUUCACAUUGAUGUGAAGAAUUAGUUUCUUAUCUGAAUGUUGUUUAGGUUUUCUUCUUUCAAUGGCAACAAUCACCAGACUGUUAUUGAAGGAAGCAUGCUAUGAUCAUAGUCUCAGCCCCCCCCCCCCCCCCCCCCCCAGACGAUGUAGAAACAACAGUGAAAUGGAAUUCAGCUCUAAAGCUUCAAACUCUUUUAGUUUUUUUUUUUUGUAACCAUCAGUUGUUUUUUUUUAUUUUACAAGUGUCCAGUUUUUGGGCAAACUGAAGUUUUCAAAUGUUAAUUUUGGGCAGUAAUAAUCUUUGUUGUUGUUUUUUUAAAUGAGACUUUCAAUUUCAGAGUGAAAAGAAGGGAAUGGGGGGAAACAAAAAAAUACCUAGUAUUAUAGAGUUUUUGUCAUCACAUUGUUUGUAUGUCAAGAGUGAAUGAGGAGUUUGUACCAUGGAUCAUUUAGAAGUGUUUAGAACUAGAAAUGUUUACUUCCUGUCUGGUUGAAGAGCCAUGUCAUUUUUCUCUUGGACCUCUUGUGUGGUUUUAAUUGUAGUUUUGUUCAAAUCUGUUUGUCAUGGGGUUUUUUGUUUUUUUUUCACCAGGGGAAAUAACACAUGGGAAAGUUUGACCAGAACUCUUUUCUUUCCUUUUAUUUUCUCUGCUAUGAAUCUUGUCAUGUUGACCUCCAACAGUUAUUGAUGUGGACCUGCUAAAUUGAAACUAAAAUAUUAUUGAUGUGAUAUAUAUGUUUUAUAACUUGAGGACCAGUUCAGCCCAUCAACUUUGAUAUUACAUCAUAAGUUAAAAAAAACAACACCCCCCUCCCCCUUUUUUUUUUAAAUUUCUAAACAAGUAGUCUAUGUAUUUUUUAUUUUUUUUUAUGUUAUUGUGUUUUAUAAAAUUUAUAAAUUAACCAAAAAAAAAAGAAAACCACCCACUGCAGGUUUUGCUCUAAAUGGUAGAAGAGGUUUGGUCUGGGCUCUGUACAUAGAAUGUUGUUAUGAACUUGUACCAUAGAGAACACAUUGACUCUGUGUAGCACAUUCACUAUGUAGACUUAUACCUCAUUGAUCAGUGCAAGUGACGUGUGACUGUCUUGUCUUCAAAUAAAAACUGGACAAAAAAAAAUA